AUGGCAAAAUUUGUGGGAGAUUCAGACAAAAAGUCCAAUGAGGUCCAUCUCGACAUCAGCAGCAGCUUCACCAUCUUUGAUGCUUUUCACAAGUACCAAGAGGAUGAUUUCCUGGAGUGCAUACAAGAUGAUUUCCAGGACAAAUAUGUCGAACGAAUUAGAGAACAGGCAACCCUAGACAAAUUUUACAGGUCGGACAAUGGCCGGAACGAUCUGGGAGUGUUGUGCUCGGAGGAUGAGCAAAGUCGCACAUGUUGGAUGACAGCAUUCCGCCUCUUCAAGAUGGGUGAGCAGCUCUGCCUCAAUUAUCAGAUAAUGCAACAAAAGAAGAAACCGCAAUCCUGGAUGCAACCAUCCAUCAUGACAAAUGUUUCAGAGAGUUGCCUCGUUCCUAUGGAUUUCUCUGGAUGCACAGGGCGAGUAAUUGAGAACCCGAAAGAAGCUUCGUCAGUGGCCGAGGAGGAAGCACAGGCUUGGAGGAAGAAAGGAGCCCAGAGGCACAGCUUGCCCAGCCCAUGCCAAGGCUCAGUACUCAGUGCAGCAAUACACAGGAGUCAGCCCUGGUUUCAUGGACGGAUCUCGAGAGAAGAAGCUCACAGACUGAUUAUCCAACAUGGUCACAUUGAUGGUGUUUUCCUGAUUAGAGAGAGCCAAAGGACACCCAACGGUUUUGUGCUGACAAUCAGCCACCACCACAAGACCAAGCACUUCCUGGUUGUUCCGUGCGAGGAGGAUGGUCAAACUUACUUCACUGUGGAUACCGGGCAGACCAAAUUCACCGACCUCAUUCAGCUGGUGGACUUCUAUCAGAUCAACAGAGGCGUGUUACCAUGCAGCCUGAAACAUUACUGUACCCGUGUGCCACUGUAACCACGGCCUUUCCUUGCCCACCAUCAAACACUGCCUUGUGUACCUGCCCUAUUCAUGCACUUGCUACGCAGCACUGGUUCCUUAACCUGUGCUCUUGGUGAUUUACUAGUUAAUCUGCAGAGUUCACCUAGGGUAUGGUUACAGUGGAUGUGAAGGAAAAUCUCAUUCUUACCUGUCGUUCAAUUUCUUAGCGACUUUUUGAAGAAUUUCACAAUUUUUUGAAAUGAUUUCAGAUCUCACCUUCCUGAAUAUCCAGGCGGUUCCUCAAUCUGAAAGUCAUGGAGAUCACGGGUUGAUCCUUUCAGAAAGGUUUUGUGAUUUAGGAUCACAGGACAAACACUGCUUUUAGGGUAGAAAAAUAUGUUGUGGUAAAUAGAAACAUUAUUUAAUCAGAAUUGUCUCUUGGGAUAGAGGGUGAAACGAUAGAAGUCUCCAGAGAGAGAGACCAGUGUGAGACCAGUUCUCAUGUGUUUAACAGUAAUGUGUGUAACUGCCCCAGUGGAAAGCACACGACACACAAUAUCUCAUGCCGUGUGUCAGUCAUGUAAAUCACAUGAUCAAAUCCAUAUCCCAGAGGCUUGUCCAAACACGUCAAGAGCAGUCACUGAUAUACAUACACAGGCUGUACAAUACCAAGUGGGAGUAAAUUCUUUCUACCUGCAGAACACUCUUACCUGUAAAACAGAAACAGCUUUGUUUAAUUAAUGCAAUCAACACUAAAAAAUCAAAAAUGCUAUAAAUAUUACAUGGAUCUCUCUUACACACAGCUCCUGUGAUUAGCCAUAUAAACAGAGCCUAACGACUAUCGACCAGAGCAAUGUAUUCCCCAAAGGAUGCAGCAGCGAGAGACUGAGGGUGAGUGUGACCAGGGGCUAGAACUAAGAUGGGGAUGAUGAGGGGUAAAAGCGGAACAGUGUGUUUGGAGUGGAGGAGUGCGUGACUGGGGCCAGUGAUUGUGGAACUGGAGUUGUGAAGAGAAAGUGAGCACUGGUGGGGAUUGGGCUCAAAGACAGUGAGCAGGAUUGAUCAAUUUUACCCUGUGCUAUAGAUUACUUGUAUCUAGUUCUCUACACUGCAUAAUGUUAAAGGAGCUUUAAUAUAACACUAUAUGUACUCUUACAGAUUAUUUGAAUCUUCACAUUUAAGUAAUUUAAAUAUCUUUACUGUCACAGAUGAUUUUUAUCAGAAGUGUGAGCUGUAAAUGGCACCAGUCUGACCUUCAGUCAGAUGCAGCCUCUGUGGGUAGGGAUGUGGGGGUCAGUGGGAAAACCAGCAUUUAUUGUCCCUCACUAAUUGGCCCUGACUGAGUUGCUAGCUAGACCUUUUCAUUGGGUAGAUAAGAGCCAGUCACUUUGUUGUGGGUUGCAUUAGCUGGGUAAGGAUGGCACAUUUACUUCUGCAAUGUGCUUUAGUGAACCAGAUGGGUUUUAUUGAUAAUAAUUUCAUGGACUAAAUGUCACUUUUCUUCUAUAAAUUAAGUUCCACCAGCUAUCAUUGGACAUUAAUGAGUCUCUGAGUUAUUACUUCAGUGACAUUAACAUGUUUCUCUGAUUGUAUAGGUUUCCCUGUGAGUUAGUUAAAGAUAUCUCCGCAUUGUGACCAGAGCAAUUAAACAAAGGCAUGUGGAGCAUUAUCACUGGUUAAUCCUUUCAAUGAGCUUCAUUCAAGCCUGGUCUGGGCCAAAGUGAAAACUCAGACAGUGGCAGAGUUUUUAAUGUAAUUUAUUAUUCUCUGAUAUUGUCAGAACUGUAAUUUGUUUCCAAUAAUCAACGACUGAGACUUUACAUCGCAGGAGGGCAGUUUUAUUUUCAGUAGUUCUAAUGAGCUAAUGUAGAGAAUGGUCUAUAUUUCGUCACCUGCCUGCAGCCUGUUUUUAUUUCAGAGAAGCAGGAACAACAGAAACAUAACAUUCUGUGGCGCCCAGUAAACAGAAGCUGGGAGCUCCCUCCUUCUGUUCACUAGACUGAAAGCUAAGACCAUUAUCAAUAUCACGAUGGGAUCAGUAUCAAAAUCAGCGUAAACACAAAAACAGCACAGCCACAGAGCAGACCCUGACUGAAUGAUAUGGGCCAUGGUGAGAUAUUUGUCAGAACUGGGUAAAAUGCUUGCCCAUCCCAACACAACAUCCCCAGUUUAAACAUAGAAUAUAAAACAGUACAGCACAGGAACAGGCCCUUUGGCCCACCAUGUCUGUACUGGCCAUGAUGCCAUUCGAAGCUAAUCCCAUCUGCCUGCAUAUGCUCUGUAGCUCUCUAUUCCCUAUCAGUUCAUGUGUCGGUCUAAAUGCCUCUUAAACAUGACUAUCAUAUCUGCUUCUACCACCUCCCAUGGCACCGUGUUCCAGGCACCUACCACCCUUUGAGUAAAAUCCUUGCCUCACACAUCUCCUUUAAACUUAGCCCCCUCUCACCUUAAAGCUAUGACCCUAGUAUUCGACAUUUCCACUUUGAGAAAAGGGCUAUGCCUAUCCACCCUAUCCAUGCCUCUCAUAAUUUUACAUCGUUCUCUCAGGUCACCCCUCAGCCUCUGACAUUGUAGUGAGAACACUCCAAAUUUAUCCAACCUCUCCUUAUAGCUAAUAAACUCCAAUCCAGGCAUUAUCUUGGUAAAUGUCUUCUGCACCCUUUCCAAAGCCUCCACGUCCUUCCUAUAGUAUGGCGACCAGAACUGCACAGAAUACUCCAAAUGUGGCCGAACUAAAGUUUAUACAGUUUGCUCAAGAAUAAUGGCAAGAUUGUUGCCAGGGAGUGAUGAGUUCCCAAUUAAUGUUCUUUAUUGUUUCUUAACAACCCGACUUGCCACAGGUUGCAUAGCCAUACAAACUCAAACAUCAGAAAGCUUGACAUGGAGACUAGAACAGCAACUUGACAGCUCCAAACAACGUUCACAUUCCCCAUAGGCAAGUACAGGUCAUGACCCAUGACCCAUGACCAUCCAUGCACACUCUUUCACCACAUGCACUUACACCACACUUUCACAAAGCCAUUGCCACCUUUCACACACUGCCCUGGCAUUGCACCCUGGAAUCCUACACUUGUGGAACAGCUGCAACACAGGAGAAGCAGCAGGUCCAUGGUGUGGAUCAAGCUGCUUACUAGGGCCUGCCUCCUUGAUCUCUUGGUGCACACUCACCUGGUGCCUACUGGCAUAGUUGUAGCAUGCCUUACCCUGUCUUGCCAUGCCCUGCCAUACCCUGCCAUGCCACAAUACCAUAACAGACCAUAAGAAAAACGAACAAAAGUAGGCCAUUCAGCCCCUUGAGCCUGCUUCGCCAUUCAAAUUAUCGUGGCUGAUCUGACACUCCUCACAUCCACUUUCUUUCCCCCUUGAAAGCUCCACUUAUCAAGAAUUUAUUGAUCUUAGCCUUAAAUAUACAGAUGGACUCUGCCCUCCACAGCUCUCUGUGGCAAGGAGUUCCAAAGAUUCUCAACCUUCUGAGAGAAGAAAUUCCUCCUUAACUCAGUCUUAAAUUGGUGCCCCUUUAUUCUGAGACUAUGCUCCCUGGUCAUAGGCUCUCCCAUGAGGGAAAAUAUCCUCUCAGCCUUUACUCUGUCAAGCUCCUGCCCUGCCCUGGCAUGCAAUGCAAUGGCAGUUGGUGCAGUCUCACAUCCAGGCAGAUGGCAGUGCUGUGAGCUGUGCCCAGUCAGUGUCAAGUGGCAGCUGCAAUUGCACAGUCACCCUGUAUCCACCGUGAGGAGUGAGACGUGCCUGAAAGGCUUAGGGGAGCGGGCCACAGCCAAUUGCAGGAGGGGCUCAUCGGUCAGAGCAGAUUGACAAUAGAUAGUCAGAGUAACCUCCCAUACUAGCCCCAAGUGUUUGCCUGGCAUGACUGUGCCUUUGUGCCCCAGGCAACAGGUCACAGUCAUGCCAAUGACAAAGCCACUCGCUGGCAUUUCCACCUGGAAGCACACAGGGUGCAAGGAGCAAGGGAGCUGAGUUUGGGGAGGGGGACACACGUGCUAGGGAGCUAAGAUCGAGGGGGGUGCCAGGGAGCUGAGAUCGAGGGAAGGACAAGAGAG